GAAAUGCUCUAAAGAUUCACGGAAUUCCAAACUAUCGCCAUCUUUCCGUCCUUUAAACGCUAUGCUUUUAUUACUGCUGUCCACUGAUUUUUGACAUACUUGUAAGUACGUAUUUACAAAAAUUCGUAUUUGCGCUAAAUUUAAGGAAGAUGGGUAAAAAGCGUAAAACUCGGGAUGGAAAUAGCGACUCUGAAUACGAUCCAGCUCCUAAACAUCUUCAUAUUGCUCACAUCAAAAACCAAGAGAAACGUUUAAUUAUUAUCUUAGAAAACGCUCAAUUAGAAUCGGUUAAGGUUGGAAAUAGUUUUCAGUUAUUGAAUUGUGACGAUCACGUUAAUAUAUUAAAAAAGAAUAAUCGUGAUCCUGGCAUGUGCCGACCAGAUAUUACUCAUCAAUGUUUAUUAAUGUUAAUGGACAGCCCGUUAAAUAGAGCUGGACUUCUGCAAGUUUAUCUCCAUACGGAAAAGAAUGUUUUGAUAGAAGUAAAUCCACAAACCAGGAUACCAAGAACGUUUAAACGUUUUGCUGGUCUUAUGGUGCAAUUGUUACAUAAAUUCAGUAUUCGUGCCUCUGAUGGUCCGAUGAAAUUAUUAAAAGUAAUUAAAAAUCCAGUUACCGAUCAUCUGCCAGUUGGCUGUCGUAAAAUUGCAAUGUCAUUCAGUGCAAAUAAAGUACAAAAUCCACGAGAAUUAGUUCCCCCUGAUGAACCAAUAGCCGUUACAGUAGGAGCAAUGGCACAUGGACAGGUAAAGCCAGAUUAUAUAGAAGAUACUAUAUCUAUAAGCAACUAUCCACUAUCUGGUGCUUUAACAUGUAGCAAAUUAUGCUCGGCGUUUGAAGAAGUUUGGGGAAUAGUAUAGUAACAAAUUGACAGUAUACGUGCGUCAUUUACAUAUGCGAUUUAAUUCUCGAGUUUCAUUUAUUUUUCUAUUAUUUAUAAGCAACUUCUGUGUAAUUGUGAAUAAGAAUACAAGAAGAAAAUAAAAUGACGUGUAAAAAUGAAUAAAAAUAUUGUACUUUCAUAUAAAAUUGUGUUAUAUUAUGUAUUUCAAGUAUUAUAUCACGUUUCUAUUGAAACGUUUAUUUAUUAAAUAUAGAGAACUAUAGAGAAGUAAACAUCGUAUAGUAUUACGUAACACUCAAUGGAAAAUCCUAAACAACAUGACUCAUCAAUAUUGGUUUUCAAGCUAUUGGUUCAUCCCGAAGUCUCUAACAAAAGUACACCAAUCGCUAGUCAGAACGUGAUAAAGUUGAUAGUAACCGGAAGGAUGCUAACGUAUGCUGCGUGUGCACUAACAUUGGCUCCUAAAUAUCUAGUUUCUUUCUUGACUUUCGUAUUUCAUUACGUCAUCAAAGCCAAAAUGGUCGUUAAUCUUAAGUAUUUGGAACACUUUUUUAUCUCCUCGUAAUUUUCUUUUUUAAAAUCACAGUAUAUUGUUUUCUUAAUGUUGAGAUCUGUCGUUUCCGUGAUUAAUGUCUCUAUUCGAAGUGACACAUUUUAAUCAUGUAAAUUACUGAAAGGUGAUAGUAUUCGUCUAAGAGACGCCAUUUUGUGAUUUAGUGCCACCGCUUGUUGUGUCAAUGUACAUAAUAGCAUUUUGUUAUGGAUAUCAAUUCAAAUUGUCGCAAGAUCUUUUUUUAUUUAGUGUUUCUUUAACUAUACAAUAAGUGAUAUGUGAUAUACUCUAUAAUUGUCCAAUUGACUAACGUAGUCAAUGUCAUGAGUUCGUAGACUAUCGAUGCGUUAUUUACUUUAUGACAUUAAUAGGAUUUUAGGUGUUUAGUAGAUUAUUUGUUCAAGUGUGUUAUUAACUAUGCUUGAAAAAUUUAGUUUUUCAAAAGCUCAGUUUGUGUUUCGUUUGAAAUGGUAUUUCA